AUGCUAUGCAGGGUUGGGCCUAGGAACUUCGAGUUCCGGCCGCGGGAGCCGAAUCGGCCGAAUCUGGACCCAGAGACGGAGGCGGAGAAGCAGCAGGAUCGGGAGAACCUGGACCCACAGCGGCCAGGCCAGCCGCAGAAGGGCGCCGCGCACCAUAAGAGACUACGAGCCGGAGCGCAGCUGCCGCGACAGAACAGAAACCACGCGCGAGGGGACCAGCGGAAUGAGUCGCCACUUCAGAGAGUUCAGCACCAGCUCCAACAGCUGCAGCUCCAACAGCCACAGCUUAAAGAGGAACAGGCGCAGCACCAACAGCAGCGCGCGCAGCGCCACCAGAAAGAGCGUGCGCCAGCCGAGGGCCAUUCUGGUACCGCACAGCAGCAUCGCGCCACCGGGCGUCACAUAGGCACAGCCGCGGAGGACACUGCAGAACGUGGCAACGGACGUACUCCAGAUGGAACCCUGCGGCUUCCUUGUUCCGCGCACAGAUACGCCACCAGCACAAGUGCCACGCCGCUCCCUCGGCCACCCUCGUCUCCUGGCGCCAACGGCCAGCCGCCACCCUACCCUCCAUUGGGUCCAUCGUCAUGGCCUCCAAGCCUACCACCUCCACAAAAUCAAGAGGCGCUGCAACAUUUCAGCAACUUCCUCGGACCAAGGUGGUCCCACAACCUCCCGCCGCCGCACCCGCAGGCCAUGCCUCUGCCACCAUCACCGCAGCAGCUGCUGCUAUUUCCCUGUGGACCCCCUUCGGAGCCGCCAUUCAGUGCGAUGCCUAGCCAGCCAGUCUUCCUCGGAGUGCUGUGCAGUGACGACCCAUCGCAACAGUGGCACACCCCGUCACCACACUGGGGCCACGAGGUUGAGUCUGUACCGUCCCAAGAUUAUAGAAUCUCCGAAAGAGCUUUUUCCCCCCACACCCAGCCCGCCGUUUCCUUGUGA